AUGGCGUAUGAAAAAGUAUCCUUCCGCACACUUGAUGGCUUGACACUACGAGGUCACCUCUACUUGGCAAAAGGCGGGCAAUUAGGACCGGCAGUGAUUCUUUUACCGGGAUUCAGCUUCAUCAAGGAGAUUCUGGUACCAAAGGUGGCUGAACAUUUUCAAACUGCCGGCAUCACGGCAUUGUCAUUUGAUCCUCGGAGCCUGGGCGAAAGUGAUGGGUCACCGCGGCGCGAUAUCGACCCAUCCAGGCACGUGGCCGACUUGCACGAUGCCCUGACCUACUUGCAGACGCUUUCCGAAGUGGGCGCAGACCGCAUCGGAUUCUGGGGUUUUUCUUUCAAUGGCGUCGUCGCCCUCAACGCGGCAGCGCUGGACAAGCGAGCGAGAUGCGUCAUUGCCGUCUCGCCUCUGACGGACCUCUCGUACCCAGAGGACGGCCUGCGGGAAAUGCUAGCUGCUGCCAUGGAGGAUCGCGCCGCACAGCUGGCCGGCAAGGCGCCUCGCUAUGUCCCCGUCGUCCAAAAGGACGGCAACUGCCCCUUUGGGUGGGGUGCCGGCACAAGUCUAAUUGAGUACGGUGUGGCCGAGCGCUCUGCGGCAAUGUUUGAGAAUUACUGCAAUGAAAUGUCUGUCCAGAGCCACUAUCGCAUCUCCACGUGGAGGCCAUACGACCUGAUACCGCUUGUCGCGCCUACACCAGCGAUGAUAGUCACUGCAGAGCUCGACUACAUGUCUCCGCCAGAGAAGCAGAAGGCAUUGUUUAACAGGCUUACAGGGCCCAAGGAGUAUCAAUCGGUGCCAGAAAAGGGCCACAUGGACUUGCUGGGCGGCAAAGGAUUCGAGAAUAUCAUGGCCAAGCAGGUAGAUUUCCUCAUAAGACAUCUCGCCAAGCAAAGCAAGAUGAAGGCGGCCUUGUAA